AUGAGUACGUACACAAUUGAAAAACGAGGCGUGAAGGAGGAAUAUGUGCCGCUGUGUUCGCGAUCAAUAGGUAAAGAAAUUAAGGAACCAGAGGACACUCAACUGCCUGUCGAUAAAGCGAAGGUGGGUUCUGGCAUGGUAUUCAGAGCCGAUGGGCGAGAGCAACUGACGCCAUCUCGACGCCGAAAACGGACUGAAAACGGUUGUUGGGAAUUGAUCGACCGGCAAUGGAUAGGUAGAAUACCGGUCCGGCUCCGAGCUCUGGACUCGGCAGGUCCGACUACGGAGCAUUCGAUAGGUCACCUUCAGCGAAUUCACCUAUCAAACAACUGUCAGGGAGUCGAACUUCAAAUACGGGAACCAGAAAAUUUUCUAUCAACUAGGAUUUUGAAAGUGACUGUUCAGAUCAGCGGAAAGGUUUCAUGCAAGCGCUCGGAAGUUGGCAGUUCUUCCUUAGAACAAUACGCGAUCUCGCCAUGCAAAUCGUUAUGUUGAUGAAGCCGAUAAGGGCUCAGAAAGCGAUAUCCCGAACCACACACGUAGGAGAAGGCACGUCACUGCGACUUUCCAUGAUAAGCAGGUCAAGUUGGGUUGGGUCAAGCAGGGUCAAGUCCAUGCACUCAAUGUGAUGCUCCGAAACAGUAGCGUGGAGCAGCGUCGCGUACUAGCCAAGUGCUAACCGAUGCUGGGCUCAGACCAUGCUUCGGUCGUGCAACUGUCCUCUUCGAGACGAUCGCGGCUCGGAUCCCCUGAUAUUCACAUCUCGGAUUUUGUACAAAAUCCGACAGACUCAGGUGUUUUUGAGCCUCAAUCUCCAAAUUGGCACUCGGCUUCGAGAAGCCCAACUCAAACCCAGAUUUGGCGAUCAUGUUCACGACAUACAGGUCGACUGGCGAGCUAUAUCAAAAGAUUAUGCUAACCGACGGUAUCAAGCCCGUUCAAGAUCGGCAAAUGCGAAGCUCAGAUAUAUAUAUAAAACGCUCUGAUUUCGAGUCUGGAUGU